GAUGCAAAAGAGGUUUAGGGGUGGGGGGGCGGGGUGGGGGGAGCACGCGCACGAUGCGCUUGCUGCCACAACACGCGGACCGGACUGCCGGCGGCUCUGGUGCCACGCGGAGCAGCAGGGUCGCCUCUUGAAACACGGCAGCCGGAGCAGAGCGCAGACGUGCGGUAUGGCUGGCGCCAGCACAGCAAGGCAGUGCAGGCGCGGGGUGGCAGAACGGCGGCUGCAGAGCACAGGGAGGGGCAGCAGUGUUACCGGAGCAACUGAGCAACUGGCAGCAGCUGGACCUGCGGUGCAGUCUGGCAGGGCAGGGCUGCAGCGGCCUGGACCAAAAGCCGCAGUUUGCAGCCGCACAGUUGUCUGGUUCUCCAGCGGCGGCGGUAGCGGCAGCCAGCACUGGCGCUUGCGUGGACCUAGCUGCGACGGUAGCAUACGUACCGCCCGUUGCAACUCGCGCGGACGCUAUGCAGCACACGGCGGCUUGGCGGCUUGGCUUGUGGCGACUUGGCCCUUGCCGUUGGUAGGCAUCUGGGGGCGACGCAGCGCUUAGCUGUGUGGUGGUCGCCAGCGACAGUGGCUGAUUGGCACAGUUCAGCAGGCUGGCCACGCCGCCACUUGAGCUGGUGUCAGGCUCGUGCAAGCCACCUGCUACCGCUCCUUGGAGCCCACGCGCGUGGCUCCAGAGCCUACGCGUGCGCGUGCUGCUGGCAUGCCAAGGCAGCAGGGACGCGCUGGCGGGAUCGCCGACGACACGCACCAGCUAUUGCUGGGCUGGGUGCUGCGGACAGUGCGGCACGGGCGAUCGGAAGCUGCAAGCACAGGCGCCCCCGCAGCAGCAGUGGCAGCGGCAGCAAUGUCAGGCCAGCUUGCAGCAGCAGCAGCAGCAGCAGCUACAAUGCCUGCGGCCGCGAACUCUGGUGGCACUCAGUGCUAUGGUUCGGCAGCGCGCUCGCAGCUGAUGGGUGUGGUGCACCUGUUGUGCUAGUAGGAUGGCAGGGGCGUGUUCCUUUUCAGCGGGUACAGUGCAUUGGCCCGAAAGCACCAGCAGACAGAGCGCGCGGUGGCCAACAAUGGGGACUCCUGUGGCCAGGCUUUAUAUCAACGCUUUUACGGGGUUUGCACAUGAGUAAAGCCCUAGACAGAUUGUUGGCAGCAGAGGUUUAGCCCGUGUUUGUAGCCUGACCAAACAGGCAAGGGGGGCUAGUCUGCAAUGCGUAAGAUCCUACCUAGCUUAGC